UUUCUCUUUCUUUGAGCAAAAUUACCUUCAGGCCAAAUGAUCAGUAUGGCUUCAUGUCAUGUUCUGAAAACACAACGGGAUGAGUAUCCGAUUAAUUGUUAAAUUUUAAAGAUAUCUCUUCAAAAUUCUUUUCAAAUCUUAAAAGAAUGAGUGAAUACAAUUCGUACAAUUGGAUAUGUUGAUGUACAUUUCAUGAAGCUCUUUUUAUUUAUGUGGAUCUUGUUGAAAAGAUGUAUAUCUACUUAAUGUUUAUAUUGUAAAUAAAAAUCACAGAUGAAGCUUUUGUGUACGAAUAUUCUGUUUAUAAAAUCAUAGAUCUGCUGAAAGUGUUUGCUAGAGUAGCUAGUAUGAGUGUUAUAGUGUUCAAUAAAUAUGAAGUACUAGCUUAAAACUAUUUAUACUGGAAAGUUGAAGAGCUUUUUCCGGUUGUUCAUCAACUAUUUAUCACAUAGAUAAAUGCUGGAAAUGUCCGAAUACCAAUGGGCGUAUUCAUUAGUGGAUUCGUCAAGAGUUUCAACUUUUCUAAUAUCAAUGCUUCUCAUUGUAUAUGGAAGUUUCAGGUCUUUGAAUAUGGAGCAAGAAGCAAAGCAAAAAGAGAAAGAAAGAAAUGGCCAACCUGACAGUAAUGUGCAAACUUUGGACACAAUGCAGGCAUUGUGUUUACCUCUGGGAGCCUCAAUAUCACUUCUUGUCAUGUUUUUCUUUUUUGACUCAAUGCAGAUGCUUUUUGCUAUAUGUACAGCAAUCAUAGCAACUAUUGCAUUAGCCUUCUUACUGCUGCCAAUGUGUCAAUAUAUAAUUCGACCAUGCUCUGAUGGAAAUAAAAUAUCAUUUGGGAUGUGUGGAAGAUUUACUGCUGCAGAAUUAAUUUCAUUUGCUUUGUCAGUUACUAUUGUAUGCAUUUGGGUUUUGACUGGACAUUGGCUAUUGAUGGAUGCUAUGGGAAUGGGGUUGUGUGUUGCUUUCAUAGCAUUUGUCCGCUUGCCAAGUUUAAAAGUUUCUACUCUUUUACUUACUGGACUUUUAAUUUAUGAUGUAUUUUGGGUAUUUUUUUCAUCAUACAUAUUCAAUGCUAAUGUGAUGGUAAAAGUUGCUACAAGACCAGCAGAAAAUCCUGUUGGAAUUGUAGCAAAGAAACUGCAUUUGGGUGGAGUUGUACGAGAAGCUCCAAAAUUAUCACUUCCAGGAAAAUUAGUAUUUCCCAGUAUGCACAAUAAUGGCCACUUUUCAAUGUUGGGACUUGGUGAUAUUGUAAUGCCUGGUCUUUUGCUGUGUUUUGUGCUACGAUAUGAUGCAUAUAAAAAAGCCCAAAUUUGUUCAGCUGAAACAGGAGUUCCUCCACCAAAUCAACUUAACAAAAUAUCAUAUUUUCAUUGUUCCCUCAUCGGAUACUUUCUAGGUCUACUGACUGCCACAGUUUCAUCUGAAGUAUUCAAAGCAGCUCAACCAGCAUUAUUGUAUCUUGUCCCUUUUACUUUGUUGCCCUUACUCACUAUGGCAUACCUCAAAGGUGAUCUUCGACGUAUGUGGAGUGAACCAUUUAUAGUAACAAUACCAUCUAAGCACCAAGAAGUUUGACAAAACUUUAGUGGCAGUUUCUUUUUUACAUUUAAAGUUACUGCUGCUAUCUUUUCUACCAUGUACAGAAUUCUUAAUUUAAUAAUGAGUAUGUUGGACUGUCAUGAAAGAAUAUUUAUACACUGACUUGUUGGGUUAUAAUCAUUUACGACCGGUUUAUUUACUUUAUGAUUAGAUGAAUUCUUAUUAUGUUUUUUUUAAAGUAUUUUAAUUUUUACUUUUAAGAGGCCUCUUCCCUCAUGGCUGAAUACUGAGGGAUGUAAACUAAGUUGGAAAUUUUUAACCCACUGGCGGUUUAGCAAAUGGGCAAAAUGUUUCGCCCCAAUACACCACUUUUCUAUCUAAUAACAUGGGAGAACCGAUUUUGCUGUGCAGAGAAGACUGCAGCUUAAAAUACGAUUUUUUUCGUGCAGAACCGACAGUAAGUUAAAUAUGCUUUUACUGGUCUUUAUUUAUUUUCACAAACAAGGUGAUUAUUGUUAUUUUCAUCCCAAUAUGAUUCCAUGCAUUUAAAAUAAAAGAUUAAAACUCUUAUCGGAAUAGGAGAGACACUAAGAGUGUUUUAGAAAUAGCUUUUGAUUCUUUUCUUCUCAAGAAAUAUAGCUUUGCAAUUUUGCAAAUGUAAUUUAAUAUUGUAAGACUGUUUAGAUUUUAGAAAAAUAUCUUUGUUUUUUAUGUAAAGAAAUUUAGCUUGUUUUUGUUGGUUUAAAUAAAAAUGAUAAACUUCUAUGCAGGUGUAGGAUGUUGAAUUACUUAUCCAAAACUACUAACUGUAUAGUUAUGUUAUUUAUAAUUUUUAAGAAAAAUUGCAAGAAUUUACACCCCAUAAUGAGUUAUUUAUCCCAACCAUUUAAAGGAAGGCCUUUAUUUUAAUUUUAUUUAAUGGGCUUUAUGUUGUAGAAUUAUACAUUAUCUAAAGUUUGUUUAGGGGAAAAAAAUCCAACCCAAAAUGGGUAAUAUUUCACCCUAUAAUGAGUUGUUUCUCCCAACAGUUAAAAGGAAGGCCUUUAUUUUCAUUCUAUUUAAAGGGUUUAAUGUUGUAGAAUGAUACUACAUUAAAGAUUGUUUAGAAGUAAAAAAAAAAAAACCCAACCUAAAAUGAGUAAUUUUUCUCCCGAUAAUGAGCUAUUACUAUCAACCGUUUAAAGGAAGGCCUUUAUUUUCAUUUUAUUUUGAGAGUUUUAUGUUGUACAAUGAUACUACAUUAUCUAAAGUUUGUUUAGGGGAAAAAACUCAACCCAAAAUGAGGGAAGAUGGCUUUUAUUUGAAUUUUAUUUUAAAUUUUUAUUUAUAAAUAAUUAUAACAUUAAUUUAAACUAAUAAUUUCUAAAUGUCUUAAUCAUAUCUCUGAUUUUGAUAUUUAAUUAAGUAAAUAAUGCUUUACUUAACGUUAAUACUUAUGUUUUUUAAUUAAUUGGAUUAGAUUACUUAUAUAACUUGGCUUAUUAAUUUUUAUGAUGUCACAAGUAUAUAUGCACGGUUAUUCUGACACAAAACCUGCUAAUUGCAUUUAGAAAAACUUAUAUGUCCUAUUUUAUCAUGCUUUACCUCUUUUAAUUUCAAUAGGAAUGAUUUUUCUUUUGUUUACUUUUUUUAUCAGUUCUUAAACAUUUUGAUUUUUGGAAAUAAAACUGUAUUCUUUUAUUUUUAAAAAGGUCUGCAUUUAGUAGGUUUUGCAUCUGGGCAAUACAUUUUGGAAAAUAGAGUUUUUAAAAUGUAAAAUAAAAAUUGGAUCUCAAUCAGUUAAAAAUUUGUCAAAAUCGUAAAUGUUUUGUACAUUUGUAAAUAAUGUGAGAUUUAUUUAUUUACAUAUAAAUAUAGGAUUUUUAUUGGUGUAUAUAAAUUUUUUAUUAAGGAAUACUAAAGAUAACAUUUAAUGUAAACAUUUAUGUAUGAGCUUAAUAUUGGCUUGUGUAGAAUUUAAUUUUUCAAUUCCAUUGGGUAUUGCAGCUAUAAAAAUUUCAAAUGAACUGUCUUUUCUAAGUUUUACUAACUGGUUAACAGUCAUCUUGCUUUUUUACCGCUAUUUUGUUUUAAAAAUACUCAUUUGUUAGAAUAGUGUGAAGACUCGUAUAUGUAUCUUGUAAAUAGGAAAGUUAUAUAUUUUUAUUAUGUGUAAAUUAGAUAUGGAAUAAUUCUGUGUUUUAAGUUAAGAUGAACACGAGUUACACAAAUCAUUGUUUUAUCAAAGCAUAUAAUUGAUGUGACGAAUCUCUUUAGAAAUGUUUUGACUUUUCACCAAUUUUUGCAUUUAUUACUCAAUGUCUUUUUGAUUUUCUGUGUCUGUAAAAAAAUAGGAUUCUUGAUAAACUUUGAAAAUGCUUUCUUUUGGAUAAAAACCUGCAUUAUAAUUAUCUUAAUACAAUGAAAUUGACCUUGAAUAUAUGCUUUUUAUAUUAGUUAACACUUACACAAUAUGUAAAUUGAUUAAAAAUUCGACUGUUAACACUUACAUAGUGUGUAUAUUGAUAAAUUCGACUGUUAACACUUACAUAGUGUGUGUGUUGAUAACAAAUAUGACUGUUAACACUCAUCCAGUGUGUAUAUUGAUGACAAAUUUGACUGUUAAACUUACAUAGUAUGUAUAUUGAUAAUGAAUUCGACUGUUAAUACUCACAAUAAUUGCAUGAUUCUGGAGGAAAUAUUCAUUCCAAGUUACUGGGCCAUGAGAUAAAUCUGUAUGUUUGAAAUACUUUUUGAAAUCAUAAAAAUUUUAAAAAUUGUAACAAAGAUUAACUAUAUGAAAUAUUUUUUUUGCUAUUUCUAAGUUGAAAUAAAUUAAAUGAAACAAUUUGAAAAAAAUUAACGUAAUAAUUAUGUACAAAAGAAAGCGAUGUCUUUAAAGGAAAUCUUUACUUUUUUCUUUUUCAAUCUUAUAUUUUUUUUCUCCUUUAAGAUAGGAUUUUCCCUCUGACUUGUGAUAAAAUAAUUACAAUGCAAAAAGUGUUCAGUAUUAUAUUGUUUCUUUUUAUAUUUUUAAUUUCAGGAUUCUACUCUUGCAAUAUUUACUUUAAUGACUUUGAAGAAAACUAUAUAUGUUAUAUUUGAUUUUCAGUGAAAAAAAGAGUACAUUAGUUUUCACCUUAAGAUUAUCACCAUAAGUAGGCACAGGGCUUCCAAAUAACAUGGCUAAAAUGAAUAAAAAAUAUAGAUUGGAUGUUAUAGGGUUGCAAAUACUAUCUGCGGCUGCUAUAGGGUUUCAAAAAUAUUGAUGCAAAAUUAAUAAUAAUAUAUCUAAGAACAUGGUAUCACAACCACUGUCCGUAGUUGCUAGAAAGGGUUGCAAAAAAAUUACAAAAUUAAAAAAAUGCAAAAUGAAUAAAUAAAUAUAAAGGAACAAAGGUUUGCAAAGGUUACUCACUUCUGCAAAUUAUACAUAGUAUACAAGGAUUUUUCUAUUUUUACUUAUUUCCAUACAUGCUAAAUAUUUAUAAUCUAUGCUACAGGAGAUGCCUGGAGAAUUGCAUUUUUCAAAAACAGUGGUGGUUUGUGAGAAAUUUAAGUAAAAUUUUGCCCAGGGUCUCAAUAUUUGAAGGUUUUAAAUCGAAUAGAGUUUGUUAAAAUAUAGCAUCAACCAAUUUUAAUGAAGCACUUUUUAAGAGGGUUUCCAUGCAAUUUCAGAAAAAAAUUCUGACUUUUCCAGAUAUAUCAGGAAUAUUUCAAUUAUAAUCCAGACCAUAUUUUAUCUAUACCAUGCUUUUUUUCAUCAGACUUUGAUAUUACUUGCAAUGUCACAUAUUAGAUUUUGUGAGCAAAACAAUAUCAUUGAAUUAGGAGGGAAAUCCAGAAGUUGCUAAACGAGAAAUUUUACCAACAAAUAAUAAAUAUUAGAAUUAUUUAACUUGAAUUUCAAUACUGUUACUGACAAUUCUUAGACUGGUUAUUUUCCAGGUAUGGUGUAGGAAUUUUCCAGGUUUUUUGGGAAAAAUUGCCACUCUCCUUGCUUUUAGAGUAAAAAUAUAAUUCCCUGCUAAUUCCAGGUUUUACCUGUUUUAACUUGAUCUUACAUGCAAUACAUAUUUUUUCAAAACCCUAAAACUAUCAACGUAUUUUUAUGGCAUUAAACUAUUACAAUUUUAAUAUUUUAAAAAGAAACAGCAAGAAUUUGAAGAGUUGGUUGCAAGUUCAUAACUGCUAUAUUUUGGGUUGCUAGGUUACAUUUUGUAUAAUCACUAGCCAUCAACCUCUAUGAUUAUAAUAAAAAUGACACAUAAUUGCCCUUUAAAGAAUAUUGAGAAUUAUUCUGAUAUAAAAAGUGUUAAUUAUAUUUUGUAAUUUUUUUUUCUUCAUAGAGGCAUCAUAAAGCAUUUAAAUAUUUAGAAUUAUUAAGUUUUUUUUUUUUACCAUUUAGAUGAAAAAAUUACUUCAAAUUGUCAAUUUCUUAACAAAUUAUGAUUUUUUCCACUAUUUAAAUUUUUUUUUCUAUUACAAAGUUAAUUAUUUUUACUUAUUUGAAUACCCUCAAAUUCAAAUUAUUGGCUUUUUAAUUUCUGAGGAAAGAAAAAAACCCAUCUAAAUUUCAAAUUACACAAUACAUUUUCUUUUAAAAAACAACUAAAAAAAAUUUUGUGACCGCACCUUAUAUGCAUAUUGAUUAAUUUCAUAGAAAGGUAAGAAUCACUAAAUGUUGCGUUUAUAUUUGACUAAGUUAAUUCAAGUACACAUAAUCAAAAUUUAAUUUUUUAUUGAGAAUUGUUAAAUUCUUCAAAAUUUUAAAUCAUUAGUGUGGUUCAAAUCACUAUUUUAUAGAAAAAUAAAUUGCAGCACAUAAAUAUUGUCAUUCCCUUUUUGAAAUUGCAAUGAAUCUUUAUAUAGGUUUUUUAAGAAAGAGCAAAUAUCUACAUUUUUCGAUGUGAACAUAGCAUAGUUGUCUAGCUAAGUAUAUUAUGUUCUUUUUGAAGAGUAUUCUAUGAACAAACUAAAAGAUUCUUUACAAUUUUGACAGUUAAGAGUUGUCAGACUUUUUGAAUUUAAUUAAACAUCAUAUAAAAUUAACAGGAACACUUCAUAUGCUAAUGGAUGUUUACCUCUUUAACAGUUAACUAUGUUUAGCGCAGUUUUGUCACAAUGAACAUUAUUUUUUCUUUGUUUCUUGGUGGUACAAGAAUACUAACAUGACAGGUUUUAGCACACUAAGCACCAUAUCCAAAAGAUCACUUUGGUGUUGUACCAUAUCAUAUGUAAAAGCACAUGAGAGUAGAUACUUUUAAAACUGAUAAGGAUAAUAAAGUGUGUAAACAAUUAUAGUUAAUACAGCAAUAGUAUAAACAAUUUUUUUUUAAAUAAUAAGAUUCCAUUCCUUAAAGGUUGUAAUCAAAAAUCCUAUUUUUGAAUUACUAUAACACAAAUUUUUUUCCAGUAUGUAAAUUUAAUUAAAUAUUUCAUAGAGUUAAGUAUGUGGAUUGAUAAAAUUAAGAGCAUACUACUUAAUAUUUCUUGUGUAGCAAUUUGCUUGGUGUCAUUUGUGUGGUAUUAAUUAUCUGAUUUUAAUACAAGUUUCUUACAAAGAAUCAUUUCUAUAUCAUUCUAAACACCUAAGUAAGUGUUUUUGACUGAUCUGUUUAUACAUUUUUGAUAUUCUGCACACUGUGUGUGUCCUCUCAUCAGAUUUACAAAUCAUUAUCAAUCUGUAUAUACUUCCAAUUUUGAUACUCUGUUUUUCUGAAAUGUCAUCAUGUCAAAUAAACUUUGCUUUUCAGUAA